AUGGUGGGUAUGGUUGACAUCUUUGACACCUUUGACACCAAGUACGCCGGAAGACAUGGAGUCAGAACCCUGUACGUGGGCGGUGCACCUUCAACCGAAGGCAGCCAUAUAAGUUUGCAUCGGGGACCGAGUGGCGUUCUGCCCAUCGAGUUCGCUCACAGUGAGGGCCAUUCGCGUCGCGACGCGCUUGGCCUGGGGCGCCAGAUGGGCUUUGGUGGUCACCCAAGUGGGUUCGAACGAUACAUCAGAUGCCUGAGGGUGACUCAGCUGUCAUGCGGAUGCGAUGCAGGGCGGCUUUUGCUAAGUCGUGCGGGAUGGUGGGCAGUGGAUUUGAAGAUGGAGGCGGGCAAGUUGGUGGAUGGUGGGCGCCAACACCAUGCGAGCGAGGCGCUGAUGGCUGGAUGUGUGGUGGCCGAUGCGGGUGGGCGACUGGCUGGCAGCUGGGCCAGGGACCCUCCGCAGGUGUGGGAGGGGAGCAGGCAGAAAAUUCGAGGAGGAGGGGACCCACAGGAGCCCACCGUUUAUAGGUGA